AUGGCUCAACUGCGUCGUUCUGCACGUCUUGCCGCUAUUCCAAAGACUCCUCCAAAACCAGCUGAAGUUAAAAUCAAAUCACCACUGAUACCGUCUCCAUAUUUUCGAAGAGCUAUGCUUGCUGCGGCUCCACCGCGCAUUGCACCAAUAUACAACUAUAACAAAUUAACAAUUCAUGAUCCUAUGCGCAGUUCGUUGGGCGGCUUCAAUGAAAAUCGUCGAGUUCCUUUUCUUGACAAACUGCGGCCACUGCACGAAAUUCUUGCACUCUAUGAAGUAAAACAAGAACCCGAGGAACCUGCUGCGCCUCCGCAACCUACGAAGAGACAAAUGACCAAAGACGAAUUGAAGAAGGUUUUGGAAUAUAUGGCGAAAGCCCCCGUUCGUUCGUUUGUAUACACAAGAUUGUUCUUGCGAGAAUUGUUUGGCGAUGACAAGGAGAACGUUUUCAUAAAUCCCAUUCUUUCGAAUUUAUGGGUCUUCUUGAAAAGCGAAUCACCAGAUGUACGACUGAUCCCGAGUGAUUUGGUUUUCGAUGAUCACGGAAUUGAAACACUUUUGGUAUAUAGAGUGAUGAACACAAUGAAUGGAAGUUUUGGAAAUGCAUACGAUGACAAAAAAAUCUACAAGGACAGUGCCAGAUUGACGAUCCGAAGAGCAGAACUUGUUGAGCGUUAUUAUAACGAGCUGGUUCGCAACAACGUUGUGAUUUUUGGCUUACACAUCAAGAAUGAUGAUCUCAAAAUGCUCAAAAAGUUGUGGGAACAAUGCGCCAAUGCUCAAUUUGCUCUCUAA